UAAGUCCAUUCUCAUAUUAAUUAUCCCACAGAGCAACGGAGUUAACAUUUUGCAUCCUAAGAACCCUUCCUCUCCAAACUAAACCCAUUCCAAUCCAUUCCUAUAUCUCCUCCAUCACUCUUCUUCUCAAACGCAAAAAGCCAUGGCAAAUGCUGCAUCGGGUAUGGCUGUUCAUGAUGACUGCAAAUUAAAGUUUUUGGAACUCAAGGCAAAAAGGACAUACCGGUUUAUAGUUUUCAAGAUUGAGGAGAAGCAGAAGCAAGUUGUUGUGGAGACACUUGGUGAGCCAGCAAGGGGUUAUGAGGAUUUCACUGCCAGUCUUCCUGCUGAUGAGUGUCGAUAUGCUGUUUAUGAUUUUGAUUUUGUCACAGAAGAGAAUUGCCAGAAAAGCAGAAUUUUCUUCAUUGCUUGGUCUCCUGAUACAUCAAGAGUUAGAAGCAAGAUGAUCUAUGCAAGCUCCAAGGACAGAUUCAAGAGAGAGCUUGAUGGAAUCCAAGUAGAGUUGCAAGCAACUGAUCCUACUGAGAUGGGUCUGGACGUGUUCAAAAGCCGUGCAAACUAAAUGAUUAUGAGUAUAAGGAGUUUGAUGGGUAGUUUCCUUCAACCUUAGUUGCUCAUAUUGAAAUGUUUAUACUGUGGGAUGUUCAACUUGGCUAAUUACGAUCUCAGUGUUCAAAGUUUUGACAUGAAGUCUAUUGAACCUUCGGCAAUCUUCUCUUGUCCAGUGUAUCUUGUGGUUUGUGAUUUUAUACAACCUGUGUUUGAGUGGCAUUUUAGCCCUAUGCUUCCUAGUUAAAUUUGUAACUCGUGUGUGUGAUCAGACAAAAACUUGGGUUCAGUUGUUUCUUAAAUGUUGACACUGUUCAUUUUACU